AUGGCAAAACGUCUACUGCGCAGGGUAUCUAUCCUGGAGCGUAUAAAGGCGUAUCCGUUGGACCUAAUCCUCGGGUUGAAUGAGGCUGUGGUCUCGAUCGAUUGGGAUGAUUACGUUCAUUCCACUUUACCCAUUGGUAUAGUGCUCACUACGGUGUUUGCUCUACUUUGCAAGAUUGGUGAUCGCCACAACACAGUGAGGCUGCGGCGCCUGAACGACUUGUUCCGGGCUGAUGCCAGUGUCUAUAAGCAGGUUAGAAACCGUGCAAUUACUGGGUCUCUGGACCCAAUUCACUAUCCCUCAGUGAGCAAUGAAGCCAGUGGCAACCGCUGGGUAUGGCUAGUGAACGCCUUGGUGGUGAUCCUUGCCUUGGCUUCCAUCAUAAAUGCUAUCACUGUGGUUUGGAUUUCAAACAGAGAGUACACCUUGCUCAAUUCGUCUACAAAUGCCGCCAGACCCAAGGCAUCCAAUGUAUCCAAACUGACUGUCUCGAGCUCUGAUGACAGGGGGUUCUUUGGCAAGAUACUUUCCUACUUUGAGGAUCACCUGCGCUAUCUUUCUGAUGACGAAUCAGAUGGCGAAACCACCUACGAGCUGGAGUUCGACCAGAAGGACGUUUGGGUGUUGAAGGUUUGGGACCCUUCCCUCUUCCAAAUCCAUCUUGCGGUCACCUUCUGCCCAAUUACACUCUUUGUGAUCAAGCUAGCUUCGCUGAUAUCCUUAUGGAAAACGCUUUUAAUUAUCGUGGCUUACGACAUUGCUCUCUACGGCCUCGUCUCCAAGUUCCUACUGCUAAUAGGCGACAAGCAGAUCAUAUACCAGGAAACGUUCAACGAAUACAACCGGAAGUACGUUAUUCCAAAGACUUCCGUGCUCAAGAAGAAUGCAAUUGUCGACGCCACCUACGGCCCUAUGGCCGCAUCAUCCAUGGUGGCCUACGAUGAUCGUAAGGGUCAUUUGCAGAAUGAAAAUGCCUUCUAUACGCACGAUAUUCAUGGUAACAGAAUAAAGAGUGUCCGUGCCGAAAAGCAGUAUGCCUCAAGAUCCGCCUCCCCUGCGAGGGAUACCCUCCCUGCUAGUGCUUACUCUAGGCAUAGAGAUACGUCCUUCGCUGACUUGUAUACAUCCACCAGAGGAGAUGACAAUCAUCAAAGCUGGAUCACGCUGUCUACACCUUUCGUCACACGUACUGGCCACGACUCCUUCAUUCUUCUUCGCCUUCAAAAAGGCCAUGGCAAUAAUGAGAUCUAUAUGGACCAGGUUUAA